AUGUCGGAAGAACCGCCUGCCGAUUGGAGGGAGAACUCCACCGGGGGAUUGGCGGAUCCCAACGUCCCCGUCGCUCCGUAUCCACCGAUGAUUUCCGCACGUUUUCCUUCCCAUCAUCUUCGCUCUUCCCUUUCCCAUUCUCCACACUACACGUCUCCCACUCCUAGUUUUAUCGGCAGUCGCGCCGAAUCCAAUGUGAGUGGGACUAGCAGUCUUUUCCCCGGAUACGCCACGAACGUCGGAGGAGCCUCCACCGCGACGAGUUUGGAAGACGGCGGCACGGCGGAUGAAGCUUCUCGGCAGACCAACGCAUUCGCAGUAACCGACGAUUCCGCGGCAAUCGCAAACAUUGAAUUUUGUCGACCGGAUCUCCUAGCUUGUAUUAAUUGUGUUUCCUCCUCUAGCAAUACCCACACCACGUCCAACACUCCAACGUCACUCAACAGCGCCAAAUUCGCAGAUUCUACCACCCCGGCGCGCAGCAAUCGCAAAAUGGGACCUGUUCUCUUGGAGCUCCGAAAACUUCAGCUUAACGAAGGAACUCACGGAAAUCAUGAUUUCUUUACGACAUCACAAAUUUCCGUAUCGAGAGGUAACCCCUCACUGGGCAUGAGCAUGUCGAGCACCUGCUUGCAUGUAUCGCCACAGGCAAUGCGGACCGGCGAAAACGCACUGCACAGACCACCACCGCCAAUUGCGACGGGACUAACGACCGGAGCCUUAUGUAUUCACACUUUUGUCAUAAAGUCGGAUGGCGACAAUGAAAACAAUCAGGAUUGGACGCCCAACGUGGAGUACUACCAUACACCACGACAUCAUCGUGCCUCCACUGCAGUACAGUGGUGUCCAACGACGGUGCGUCCUCAGCAUGUAGCAAUUGGUUUACUUUCUGCUUCUUCCAGUGGUAGUCACCCUACCACAAACAGUGUCGUACCCGGACGGCGAGGCGUCUCGGGUGGUGGUGUGGCCGCUAGUGUGGGACUAGGCGCCCGAUCGGCUAGUACUGGCGACAAGGAUUAUUGUUGUUUCGUAUGGGAUGUUGAGCACCAAAGCGCUUCUCGACGGACGAAGACAUCGCCGAUUUACAAACUAAGUCAUCAGUCCGGCGUUGCUUCAUUAGGUUGGCUCAUGGGCGGGGAAACCUUGGCCAUAGGCGGACAAUUGCGUCAUGUUCAAUUGUACGACUUGCGCGAAGCCACGACGUCGGCACCCAUGACUGUUAUGGCCCACAAUUUUGCCGUACACGGAAUUGUCCCCGACCCUCACAAGUCCUGGCAAUUUGCUACUUACAGUCGGGUAUCGAACGAGCCCGUAAAAAUCUGGGAUUGUCGAAGAAUGGACACCAACUUGACGGAAAUCAAAAUUCCUUCCCAGUCAAUAUCUCCUUCGUCAGUAUCGGGUGUGACACCUCCCGUCUCGCAAGUGCACUGGUCACCACUAGAAGCAGGCUUCUUGUCAGUAGCGGUUGGAGACGCCAUCUACGAAUUCGAUACAACGACGCCGGCCUCACGACCGAUUCAUGUCAAUACGAUGUAUGCUCGGGGAUCGGUUCUCGACGUGGCAUUGUACCCGUUUGUGGCGGAGAUGGGGACCGCCAAGGAAGCGAGUCAACCAACGCAUUCUUGGAGAACUCUACCCCAAUCGUAUGAUGGUAGUCUAUACAGACAGAUCUCUACACGAUUUUCCACGCCAUACCAUUGCUCCGUUGGCAGUGUCCAGCAGGGAUGGCAGGUUGGUGCACUCCAUCGGACGCAAGGACCGGCUGCCAUUGAACGUCUUACCGCAGCGCAAGAUGAGGAUGUAUCCGCCGUAAUGUUGCGCCGGGCGCGCUGCAUACAGUCCAUCAAUUAUUCUAUGGAUCCAUCAGCCAAUAUUCAAAUCCUUGCGCAUGAUGGGAGCGGAGUCGACUCGCUGUUACGGCUAUGGAGUUGGAUUGAACGAGUGGAAGUCUUGUGCUCCAGUACAGAAACAGACGAUGGAUGGGAUGAUGGCAUGUCAUGGCCGGCGAAGACUUUGAUGGACGCGGGUGCUUGGCGCCUGUUGCAUAUUGCCGGAUGUGGCGAGGGGGAAAUACGGGGCUUUUCUGAACAUUCCUGCUGCUCAAUUUAUGAUAGUCCAGGCCGCCGUGCGGCGUUAACUUCAUGCGGGUGGGCGGGAAGGUUUGAUCUCUCGACGGUUAUGGGGGAAUGUGAGGAGCUCGGUGAGUACGAAAGGUCGGCGGCUCUGGCCGUAUGGCACGACGACAUCGGGGCCGCAGUUGACUGCCUGCAGCGUGGAGCCUCGGUGAUCAGGCAACAAAUGAAGAGGGGUGGAGAAAGUGUUAAUAUGUAUUGCUCCUCCGAGCAUGCCGAAACGCUGGAUCUCGUUUCUUUCUGUGUAGCUGGUCAUCGGGGUGACAGCAUGGAUUCACCGGCUUCCGGAAUCUGGAGAAGAACGUGCGCGACUUUGAUGAAACGAAGCAGCUUUUCUGGCCAAUCCCGAUGUUUUGCCUACGUUCGUGGAAUGCUCAAAUUUCUCAUGACCUCGGGGUCGGACCAAGGGCAUGACGAGGUUCUCUUGUGCGAUGAUUUGAGUCUUUGCGAUCGCGUUGGCUUUGCUUGUCGCUUUCUCUCCUGGAACGAGCUUCUGCAAUACUUGGAAACGUGCAUCGUCAAUUGUCAAAGAUCAGGUGACAUCGAGGGUAUGAUAAUUACAGGGCUCGAAAAGGAAGGUAUUAAAAUCUUGCAAUCCUUUGUGGAUCGAACUGCUGAUGUGCAAAGCGCUGCUUUAAUAACGAGUCGAGUCAUUUUUCCCGUUGGUUGGAAUGGUGAACGUCGAGCCAGUAUAGAGUGGUUGGAAUCUUACCGAUCACUGUUAAAUACUUGGCAAAUGUGGCAGUCUCGCGCCUUGUUUGAUGUCGAUCGUGCGGACCUUUUACGCAAGGUAAAGUCGCGUCAAUUUGAUGCGUCCGGCAAAUUUGGCAGCGUUCCCAUUAGUCGUCGGCAAGUGUCUGCUGGUGGUAAACCAGGGCUGCGCCAACCCGAUCCGGACAUUCAAGCCACCAUUCCGGCACAGCUUGACGCCCGCUGUAACUACUGCUCCGCUCCAUUGAGCUUGAAGCUAAAAGACACGCACGCCAAUCAAUGGCUGUCCAAAAUGAAACCGGUGCUACCAUGCUGUGCACAAUGUCGCAAGCCGCUUCCGCAUUGCGCUAUUUGCAUGUUAUCAAUGGGUACCUUAAAUCCAUACAUGGAAUUGACGAAAGACCGAUCAGGGCGGUCGUCCCGUAGUGGCCUUUCGUCGCUGCAGACCGCGGAUGACAUGUCGUCUUUGGGGAAUUUGCCCUUUGCAGAAUGGUUCACUUGGUGUCUACGAUGCAAGCAUGGCGGCCACGCCCACCAUUUGGUGGGAUGGUUUGCGAAACAUGAAGUAUGCCCCGUGAGCGGGUGUGACUGUCAUUGUCAAUUCGACGGAAUUCAUGAGUUGAAUCGAUAUAAGCAAUCUUCAGAGAGAGUAACAAACGAAAACGAGCAGGACACGACAAGCAACACCGAGGCCGACUAA